UUUGCGAUGGCGAACGGCCUCAACAAGCUAUAAUAGUCGCCUUCGGCUUCCCUUCCAAGACCUGAUAUCCGGAGCUCGAGGAAGUGACCGUACAUCCUAUACUGUACUCAAUAUGGCGCCGACUCCGCAGCAAAAGCAAACGUCGGUUGGACGUCCUAGAUUUCAUUUCUCUACAGAUGGCUGGAUUAAUGAUCCGUGCGCCCCAGGUUACGACCCUCGGACAGGGACAUACCACCUCUUCUAUCAAUGCAACCCAGAAGGCUGCGAAUGGGGAAACAUGUCUUGGGGUCACAUUGUGUCCAAAGAUCUGCUGACCUGGACGCGCGCUCUCCAGUCGCCGGCACUUGUCCCAGACCAGGCCUACGACGCCGAGGGCGUGUUCACUGGUUGCUGGAUUCCUCCCACAAGCCCGCUCGACAAGACAUUGAGGGUCGCCUACUCGUCUGUGAAGGAGCUCCCGUUUCACUGGAGCACGCCUCCAUAUCCGCGGAACGCAGCUGGUCUUUCGAUCGCAACAUCGCGCGACGGAGGGGAGACGUGGGAGAAAUCGCGCAACAACCCAGUAUUACGUGGUGAACCAGCCGGCUUGGAAGUCACAGGGUUCCGCGAUCCUUUCGUCACAGCAUUGCCCUCCAUCCACUACACAGCUGGAACAAGUGCCACCAUGUCCUACGGCUUGAUUUCCGGCGGCAUAGAAGGCAUAGGUCCGACGGCUUUCCUCUACGAGAUUCAACAUGAGAACCACGAGGAGUGGACGUAUCUGGAUACUUUGGUAGACCUGCCUGCUCGUUUCCAACCUUCAGAGAAGUGGAGUGGCAAUUACGGCGUCAACUGGGAAUGUACGAAUCUUGUUACGCUGCGUGCAGGCUCGGAGACCCGUCACUUUCUCAUCCUCGGAGCGGAAGGUGACGUGGAAAGUCAUGCGAGACACCCCCGGCCACCCGCAGGAGUUUCUUCACGUACUGUACGGUCCCAGUUAUGGUUGUCCGGCGAGGUCCUCAUGGCAGGCCAAGGAUUUAAGUUUCAAUACGGCCAUGGAGGACAUUUCGACCAUGGGCCUUACUAUGCCGCCAACUCUUUCAUUGACCCUGUGUCUGACCGCAGUAUUGUAUAUGGCUGGAUCCCAGAGGAGGACAUUCCGUUGGAAGCCGCCAAAGCGAAAGGUUGGAAUGGAUCUCUUGCCAUUCCGCGGGAGAUCUUUCUCCUCAGAAUACCCAAAGUUCAAAAGGCCUUGGUCAGUAAUCUGGCAGACAUAUGCGCUUUCGAGACCAUUGAGGAGUCGGAUGGUUCUACUUCUGUUUUAACCCUGGGAGUGAAGCCCAUUGUGGAAAUGAUGGAGCUCCGGAAGACUGCCACCAAAGUGGUCAAGUUAGGCAGAGUCAUGUUGCCAGGAACCGAUAUAACCGGAAAACCAGCAACCUUGAAAACGCAGUCAGUGAGUUGGGAACUCGAGGCGGUAGUUUCUAUUCAUUCUGGCUGCGAGACUGUUGGCUUUCAUGUCCGUCAUAGCAAUGACCUGUCCAUUCGCACAUCCGUCACCUUUUCCACAACCACGGAAACAAUCACUGUCGAUCGCGAGGCUUCGACGACUGAUCCAACUAUUAACAGAUCCCCAGAUUCUGGGCCAUUCACUCUCCUCACUCAGAAAGGAGUGAGUGAAGGCGAUGGACCAGCAAUGGAGAAGCUCCAGCUUCGCAUCUUCUUUGACGGCGAUAUUCUGGAGAUAUUCGCGAAUGACCGGUUUGCGCUGGCGACAAUGGUGUACUCUGGAUGUUGCAGUCAAGAUACAGGAGGUAUCACUGCCUUUGCAACUGGCAUAAGUAACAGUGCGAUCUUUGAGACAGUGACAGUUUGGGAUGGACUGGGCACGAAUGGGGAGGAAAAGUAGAAUCGAGGCUGCCGCUUAUGAUCAGACUUGA